UGAAAAGCACACAGAAGUCAAAGCAGAGCGCAGAGCUGUUUCCUACAUCGUUCACUCCCCGCAGAGUGACCCACAGCACCCAGCAGUGCGGGCAUGGAGCCCCUCUCCUUCCAGGAAUACAUCUGCUCCCUGGACCCCGCCACCCUUCCCCGCAUCCUCAGGAUAUGCUCUGGUGUCUACUUCCAAGGGUCCGUAUAUGAGAUCUCUGGCAACGAGUGCUGCCUGUCAACCGGGGAUCUGCUGAAAGUCACAGCCAUCACACUGCAGAAGGUUAUCUGUGAGAACGUGCAGACGGGGCAGAAGACAGAGCUGCCACCGACGUUUAAGGGUCUUUUCCAGCUCUCUUCAUCUCCGUCGCCAUGUCCUACACCACAGGGACCCUCCCGGCCAGGCAGCAGGCAGAAGGGCCUGACCCUGCACCAGGCUGUGGGGCAGAGCGGUGGGCAGACACAACCCCUGCUGUGCCCCAGCAUCAGCCCACAUGCCUUGCUGCUGAGCCCUGUGUACGAGGUGCAGGCCACCAUGCACUUGCGCAGGGACCAGGUGAAAAUCCCCUCCACGCUGGAGGUGGACGUGGAAGACGUGACGGAGGAGUCCCAAGACGUGCACUUCGCCCGGCCGCUGCUGCUCAGCGAGCUGCUGGGGAUGGAGGAGGUGCUGCCGGCCCAGGCCGAGAUCCUGGAGGGGCCCCACAGCACCGCCAUCUUUGAGAGCUCCUGGGCCUCCCGCCUGCAGAAGGGGCAGCGGCUGCAGAUCCACAGCUGCUCCCACUCCUGGAGGGUGUUGGCCUCGGCCCGCAGCAGCGCCCGCCGCUUCCUCCUCUCCGGUGCCUACCAGGGCCGGUUCCGCCGGCGGCCUCGGCAAUUUGCCGGGGUGCAGGAGCUGGCGGCCGGCCUGCAGCCAGGCCAGCAGCUGCACGUGGUGGUGACGCAGGACUGCGAGGGCCGCGGGGACGACGUGCCUCCGCUCAGCGUGGGCGACCGGCUGGAGGCCCGGCAGCUGCUGCAGAACGCCGGCAGCACCAGGCUCUUGUGCCAGCGCCACAGCGAGGAGGAGGAGGGAGAGGAUGAGGAGGGCGAGGAGCUCCUGCUGCCGCUGGACCUGGGGGGCAGCUUCGUGGAGGAGGUGUGCGACAGCAAGAAGUACGGGCUGGCCGAGCUGCUGGAACGGCUGACGCUGCCGUGCGAUGUGCGGGUGGUGGCCACGGAUCCGGCGCUGGAGCGGGACGUGUUGGGUUCCUUCUCCUCCCUGCGCUUGGAGGCCCGAAUCUCCCAGCCCUUCCUGCUCGGCAGCUUCUGCGAGGAGCCGGAUGAGGGCUUUGAGAUCCCGCCCCAGUGGUUGGACCUCUCCCUCAUCCUCACCGGGGAGCCCGUCAGCACCCAGACCCCAUCUGCACACCGCUCCCACGUGGAGGAGCUGAGCGAGGCCUUCUACUACCAACUGCUGGCACAGCUGCCGGGCGGUUCGGCCCCACCACCCCCACGGCCCCCCAAGCCGAAGGCACAGCCACGCACAGGCCGUGCCCAGGGCCAGAAGAACCAGGCACACCCCCGAGGAAGCUGCCCCCCGGCCCCCCAGCACCCCACCAGCCCCCAGGCCCACCUGGCUCCUUUGUCACCCCUGAAGGCGAAAAGCCUCCCCGUCCAGCAGAGCACCCCCAACAAGUACAGCCCGUGCCCCUACAGGCCGGCAGCCCCACAGCUCCACAAUGCUCCUGGAGACACAGAUGUGAAGAGAAGCAGUGAUGAACACGAUUAUGAAAUCAUCGAAGGCGGCAUUCAGAAGACGAUUCGCAAAGUGCAGGCUAUUCUUCCUUUUUAAUCCUCUGGUUUCUGAAGCUGUCCAGACUCCAACUAUUCUUAAACCUUAUGUUAAAUUAAUGCUAUUAAACAAAGGCUGAAACAACCUCAGGGAUCCUCAGAUCCACAGCACAGCCUCUAUUUGCCUCAAUAUGUGCCCACUUUGCUCAAAUGCAAGCAGCUCACACACCUGAGGAACAGCCAGAGGUGCAGAAUAAAUCCUCCCUGCUCUGCUAUGUGGGGCUGUCAUGCUGUGGAUCACGUCCUCAGAUGUUGCCUAUGGGACUCUCCAAUUGCACCAGAGCAGCAUGCAGUGGGGCAACCAUCCUGGGAGCUGAGCAACCACCAACAUGGCACUGAGACGCCAGCCAAGGCUUGGGGACAUUUAUCUCACCCAGCUCCUUCUGCAUUAACAUCACCCACACACUGGUAGAAUAUAGCCUGGCUGGAUCCCACGGCUGUGCUGUGCUCAUCAGCGUUUCAGACUGAGAAGUUCUAAGACAAAUUCCUUUCUUGUGGUCACUUUGUUGGAAUCUACUAGAGGCCACUGAUGGCUUCCCCUACACAUCCCAUCCCUAUCAGAGAAGGCACCACCAGUCACCAGGAGCACCAGUACAGGGAAAUUUCCAGUCCCAGCUGCUUUAAACUAGAAGCAGGUACAAAUCAGAGCUGGAAAAUAAACUUUAAAUUUCAUUUAU